CAUUUCGAUUCUAUUGAUGGUGUAACCAAUUCAUAUCUAAGUUGGUAAAUUUUUAUAAUAAUUAAUUAAAAACACGAUGCUUCUGCUGCGUAGGACUACAUCAUUGAGUAUACGUGUUUUCGGGUCUCGUGUAGCCGGUGCACGCAAUUAUAGUAAAGAUUAUGAUUCGUCGGAUGAUGAGAAAGAACCGAAGUUAAAAAAAGGGGAACAUAAGGCAGAAAAUAAGGUCGAAGACAAGCCUAAAUCUGCGCCAAACAAAUCUGAUGUUGAUGCCAGUGAUGAACCAGCCAUCACGCGCCUGAAUCGCUUGUUGGCCAGUAUGCCGACAGAAGAUACUUACUCGUUAGCAAGUAAGAAAAAUAAUGUAACAUUAGCACGCCCCGGAGAGGCACAUAAGAAACGAAAGGAGGCAUCGAAACAAGAAAGUGCAUCAAAAGAUAUUUUUGUUGCUGCCAAACGUGUUGCUUCUUUGGCUAGCGAUGGUGAGCAAAAACAGCAAAUGGAAUCAGAGUUGUUAGCUAAAUUGCUAGGACAUAGUGUACAGGAAACUGAUGCAACCAGUAAUGAUGAACCAAAGAAACCAGCCACAGAUUUGAGUUUAAGCGAACUAAUUGUGGGCAUGAAAAUCGAUCGUUCCCAGCAGCCAAAAGAACAAACUCGUGGUGAAUUUGUCCGCCGUUCUAUUGCAGCCAAAACCCAGCAACAGCGGAAACAAGCGCCAAGCGCGCGUAAAGAGGGCCAACGUGAGGCAGCUACUUACACUGGUAGUGUGAACUUAUUUGGAUCCCAGCCAUUGGGUAUUUUUAAAAAUCCAUCUGAAUUGCGUGACGUACCCGACAUGCUGGCAACCUGGGCACACCUGCAGCAAAACGAAUUAAAAUUGCUGACAACACAUCCACCUGCAAAUUAUUUCGAAAAGUUAGUGCUCUGGACGGAGCAGGGAAAAUUAUGGCGCUUCCCAAUCGACAACGAGCAAGAUUUGCGUGAUGAAGUUGAUGUUGACUUCUCCGAACACAUCUUUCUUGAACAGCAUUUGGAAUCCUGGUGUCCUGAAAAAGGUCCAGUUCGUCAUUAUAUGGAGCUAGUGUGUGUUGGUCUUUCGAAAAAUCCGUAUUUGACGGCGAAGGAAAAGAAAGAACAUAUUCUUUGGUAUCGUGACUAUUUCGGAGCGAAAAAGGAUAUACUUAAAGAUUUGAUAAGCCAAGAGAAAAAGCCGAAAGUAGAUGACGAGAAGAAAAAGGUGAAAGCUUAAGGGGUUACAUCUAGUUAGAAGCCCUGAAAAAUGAGGUUUUUAAAAAAAUUUUCCUGAGAAAACUUCUGAAUUAAUUGUUUUAAGCCUUUGUGCACAUAUUAUGGUAACUUUGAAUAAUAUUUAAAAAAAUUUUAUUUGCAAGAAUAACAGUUUUUAUAGCUGCUACAGCAGAUUUCCAGGAACCCCUCCAAAAAAAGACGUUUUACGGUGACCACUAUAUCUCCGAAGUGGAUUAUCUGAAAUGAAAAAACCUAACGGAUUUGAUUAACGUAUUGUAUAUUCUUGUAAUUAAUCGAAGGAAUAAGCAAAAAAAAAAU